CAUGGUUGACUAAUGUGAGACCAAGCUAGCGAGCAAUAGGCUAAAUUCAAUUUUCCCAGCGACAAGAGAACAUGUCAUGCUAACGCUAGUUUUACCGCAUUCAGUGUUAACAGUUUACGGUUAUGGCGAGACGAUGUGGAAUUAUUGUCUUGCGUUGUCUAUGUUUAUUUGGGGACAUUUCUAAAAUCCUGUAAAUUUAGUUAUAUAGCUUGCUGCAUUUUAGAGAGGCUACUGUAUGUACAGUAACCACGAACUCAUAGACUAGUUUCAGUAGCCUAUGAUUCAACAACAGUCUUUCAAAUCAAUGUGCGCUCUACUAGGCCUAGUACAGCCUGCCUUAAUUGUUAAAUAACAAAAUCAUUGGAGUGUCAUGAAGUAAGUCAUCAUGGAGUUAAUGUUUGAGUGAUCAUAAAUGCAUUUGAAUGUACAGUGCAUUCGGAAAGUAUUCAGACCCCUUCACUUUUUCCUCAUUUAGUUACGUUACAGCCAUAUUCUAAAAUGCAUGUAAUGAUUGUUUUUCCUCAUCAAUCUACACACAAUACCCAAUAAUAACAGGUUUUUAGAAAUUUUAGCAAAUGUAUUAAAAAUAACAAAUAAAUACUUUAUUUACAUAAGUAUUCAGACCCUUUGCUAUGAGACUCUAAAUUGAGCUCAGGUGCAUCCUGUUUCCAAUGAUCAUCCUUGAUAUUUCUACAAUUUGAUUGUAGUCCACCUGUGGCAAGGCACACACCUGUCUAUAUAAGGUCCCACCGUUGACAGUGCAUGUCAGAGCGAAAACCAAGCCAUGAGGUAGAAGGAAUUGUCCGUAGAGCACUGAGACAGGAUUGUGUCCAGGCACUGAUCUGGGGUAGGGUACCAAAAAAAUGUCUGCAGUGGCCUCCACCAAGACUCUUCCGAGAGCUGGCCACCCGGCCAAACUGAGCAAUCAGGGGAGAAGGGCUUUGGUCAGGGAGGUGACCAAGAACCCGAUGGUCACUCUGACAGAGCUCCAGAGUCUCUGUGGAGAUGGGAGAACCUUCCAGAAGGACAACCAUCUCUGCAGCACUUCACCAAUCAGGCCUUUAUGGUAGUGUGGCCAGACAGAAGCCACUCCUCAGUAAAAAGCACAUGACUUCCCACUUGGAGUUUGCCAACAGGCACCGAAAGGACUCAGACCAUGAGAAACAAGAUUCUCUGGUCUGACAAAACCAAUAUUGAACUCUUUGGCCUGAAUGCCAAGCACCACAUCUGGAGAAAACCAGGCACUGCUUGUCACCUGGGCAAUACAAUCCCUACGGUGAAGCAUGGUGGUGGUGGUCUCCCAGGGACUGGGAGACUAGUCGGGAUCGAGGGAAGGAUGAACGGAGCAAAGUACAGCGAGGUCCUUGAUGAAAACCUGUUCUAUGAGUGUUCAGGACCUCAGACUGGGGUGAAGGUUCUCCUUCCAACAGGACAACGACCCUAAGCACACAGCCAAGACAAUGUAGGAGCGGCUUCGGGCCAAGUCUCGGAAUGACCUUGAGUGGCCAAGCCAGAGCCCGGACUUGAACUUGAUCGAACAUCUCUGGAGAGACCUGAAAAUAGCUGUGCAGCGACGCUCCCCAUCCAACCUGACAGCUUGCGAGGAUCUGCAGAGAAAAAUGGGAGGACCUCCCCAACUACAGGUGUGCCAAGCUUGUAGCGUCAUACCGACGAAGACUUGAGGCUGUAAUCGCUGCCAAAGGUGCUUCAACAAAGUACUGAGUAAAAGGUGAUGGCCUUGCGUGCGUGUGGAUUCAUUGUGUUUCGUCGGCUGGCACAGUCUUCACCUCCCCCUGACAACAUUGAGUACCUCCUCCUACAGACUUCAUAUGGCAAGCACCACUGGACCCCACCCAAAGGCCACGUGGACCCUGGGGAGGAUGAUCUCACCACCGCUCUGAGGGAGACGCAGGAAGAAGCAGGGCUGCGUGAGGAGCAUCUGCAGGUGGUUGAUGGCUUUCUCCAGGAGCUGCGCUACGAGGUGAGAGGGCGGCCCAAGACGGUUCUGUACUGGCUCGCGGAGCUGAGGGACCCCAAGAUGGCAGUCACGUUGUCGAAGGAGCACCAGGACUACCGCUGGGCCAAGCUGGAGGAGGCCUGCUCCCUGGCCCAGCAUAAAGACCUACAGGACAGCCUGAGGGCAGCACAGCAACACCUAGACACAGAGCAAGGGAAACAUUAAGACACUACUACACACAAUGUUGUGCUAGGAAUUGUGAAGAGCAAGCUGCAAAAGCAAGUCUCUAGCUUUAAAAAACGUGUUUGUAACCUCGUCCCCAGGCUAUUGGGCACAGAUGCGUGAGACUAGUGUCUGUGGGACUGCACAGCCUUGAUAAUUAAUGGAACAGAAAGUGUGAAUCUAAAGUGAGUUAGAAUUCCUAAUUCUAUGGUGGUAAUUUGGUCCAAGCAAGUCAUUGAACCCCCGUGUCACAUACUUAUACCCCCAAGGAAUUGCCACCAAACUAAGGGUCAGAAAAGGAUAACCUCUGUACUUUAUUGACUACCCCUGUGCUUGGGAAUCAGUGGCCAAAUCAUUCAAUAGACACAAUAAGUGUUUUAUGUGUUAACAUUGUGUGAUGACCAAUAACCUUUUUGUCUUGCACUUUAAACAAGAUUAAAAACCAUCCCUUAAA